AUGGUACACUACGUCGACGUGAACCUCCCCUGGAACCACUCCCUCUGCGCCUGCUGCCUCUCGCGCAUCCUCCACCCCGCCCCCCCCAUCACCUACCAAACCUCCACCCUUAACGCCCUCCGCCUGCACCUGCAGCAGCCAGUGAGUGAGAAAAUCAACCCGUGCCCAGCCAGCCACAACCAGCCGUCCCAGGCCAUCCUUGCGUAUUCCGCCACCGUUAGAGUGCCGAGUGCCUGGAGUAUGACUGGUCCAGGUGUGGGGCGCGGGGGAAGCAGCCGCACUGCGAUAGCCUCUGCUGCUGCUCGUGGGGGUGGUGGCGGCGGUGGCGGGGGAAUUUCCAGGUUUGACGUUCCCUCAGGGCCUCCUGCCGUGCAGUUCAAGUGGAAGGCGGAUUUCGCGCCCAUGCCUGCAGCCGAGGGGAUGUUCCUCGAGUGGAUGGCAGAGCCACGUGUCGGACUGCUGUGGGACCUGGAUGUGGUCAGAUGCCAGCUGGCACAAGCAGACAUCAUGGGGAUUCGCGAUCUGGCGGAUGCAAGUGGUGCUGCUACAACCAACGCCGCUGGCGCUACAGCCGCUACAGCACCCAAGCACUUCUGGUGGUGCUGCUGGCAGUGCAGAGCGUGUUGGGCCGCCUACCGCCGCUGCCUCGCGAUGGUGGUCUUCCUCGUGCUUAUAGCGAGGUUUUCCCGUGCAGUCACACUCUGGCGCCUUCACAUGAGGUCCUGCUACAAUGUCUUCCCUGCCCUGGCGAAUCUGCUGAACGCGGGGAGGCAGAUUGAAGGGUUGGGGGGCAGGCAGGCGGAGCGGCAGGCGAGUAGGCAGGCGGGGAAGGGGGGAGGGAAGGGGAGUGGAAAUGCGGAGGAGGAUUGCUUUGGGUCGAUUCUGAUGCAGGUGCUUGGAGUGAAAGGGAAGAAAGAACUGGAAUCGGGGUUUGCUGCUCAUGUGCUGCCGCUGCUGCCCGGGGGAAGACGGGCGCAUGGGGGGAUGAGGGCGAGGCUGCCCCGUAUAGUCACACUCUGGCGCCUGCACAUAAAAUCCUUCAACGUCGCCUUUCCAGCCCUGGCGAAUCAGCUGAACGCGCGGAGGCAGAUCGGGGGGGUGGGGGGCAGGCAGGCGGAACGGCAGGCGAGUAGGCAGGCGGGGAAGGGGGGAGGGAGGCAGGUGGGUGGGGAAGCGGAGGAGGAUUGCUUUGGAUCGAUUCUGGUGCAGGUGCUUGGAGUGAAAGGGAAGAAGGAACUAGAAUCGGGGUUUGCUGCUCAUGUGCUGCCGCUGCUGCCGGGGGGAAGAAGGGCGCAUGGAGGGAUGAGAGGGGGACCGGGGAGAGGAGGGGGAGUAGGCGGAGGAGUUGGUUGGGAAGGAGAGGAAGAGAAGUGGAGGGAGGGGUUGAGAGGGGUGGAGUGGGAUGAGUAUGUGGAGCGGAUGGAGGAGAUUAUCUCCCAUGGAGGGCUGGAGGCUGAGCAGUACAGGUGCAGCUGCAGGCAGUGCGGAGGAGACAGCGAGGAUGCAGGGGGGAGUGGGGAUGGUGCUGCUGGUAAUGGUGGUGGUACUGCGAGUGGCAUGGUCAUAACUGGCGUUGACCCGACUGACUUUGCUCUCCGGGCUGCGUUCACACUCUGUAUGCCGCGCUUUGCCAUCUACGGCGUUAUGGCGUUUACCGGGGCAUGCAAUAACAGGUACAAGGAUCACGUGGAGGACGCUGCUGUGGAGGCAGCCAGGCAGCGGCUGGCGGAGAGGCUCGCAGAGAGGGCAGAGAGAGCAGAGGAGUCUGGAAAGGGGAGUGUGGUGGGGGGAGGAAAAGAUGUCAGCGGUGAGAAAAAAGCGGACGAUCUCGAUUCAGAGAAGCUAGCAGCAGCAGCAGCAGCAGCAGCAGGAGGGGCAGCAGCAGCAGCAGUUUCUUCCCCUUCUCCCUGUCCUGCUCCACCUCCCCGUGCUGCUGCCACCAGUGCAGCAAGCAGUGCUGCCCGCCUCGUGCCAGUCAUCAGUGACCCAGCAGUGGCACUCUUCACCCUGCUGGUCAGGUUCGGCGCCAUCCCCAAGCCAGUGGGCGCGGAAAACGGUUUGGCGGGUUGUGGAGGAGGAAUUCAGGGGUGGGAGGAGUUUCCAGUGGGUGACAGAGAGGUCCUGAAGGCGCAUGGCAGUGGCAGUGCCCUGGGAGGCACAGAAGGGAUAGGAGGGACAGGCAGUUUCCGGGACUCUGUGUUCGACCGGGAGGAGAUGUUGAAAGAGUUCAAUGUGGGGGCAGCACAGGGGCGGCAGGAGAAUGGGGCAGUGAGAACCGCUGCCAUCACAAGCGCAGCAGAGGGCCUGCAGGAGUAUCGAGCUGCCAAGGCUCUGAGUGACAGCAGCACGGUCACUCCCGCGUUCCCAACCCUUGCGGACCGCGUCGAGGAGUUUCUGAGAAGGUUCUCGCCAAAGCGGCUGGCAAAGGAGGGGCGCGGCGGGCCGCUGGCACGAGCGAUCAGCGACUGGCCCAUGCUGAGAUCCCCCCAGGAGGUGGAUGCGUUUGUGGAGUUCAUGACGGCCAUGACCACCCUCACGCCCGCCUGCAACCACUGCGUGCAUUGCCUCAACGUGUUCAACCAGGCUGUCACCCCCGCCGCCAUUGUUGCCUCGUUUGCUUUCCGCCCAUCCUCGGUGCUCCUGCGCUGCUUCCUCUCGGUCUAUUGCCGUCAUGCCUCUCAGAGGAGGGAGCUUAUAGACACGCUCGGGAUCCCCCCCUUGCCGGACCUGCUCCCGGACCGCCUCGUGGCUCCUCUUCUCGAAGGCGUGGUGGAGCACAAGCGACUGCACUUCCUCUACACCGCAGCCAUGCUUCUCUACUGGCUCAACGGCGAAAUGCAGAUCAUGGAAAUGUCCAAACCAGAUGGAGCGCGGAGGACGGAAGAUGAGCUCAGGCAGUUGGAGGGGAGCGGGUGGGAGGGGAAGGAGGAGUGGCUCAUCUGGGAGGAGGUAGACACGUGGCGGAACGCGUUGUUCCGAUCGUGGCCUCUUUUUGAGCUUUCACGUGAGGCGGCGCUUAGCUGGGCGUGGACUGGGGAGGAGGAGAGGGCGAGGGACUGGUGUGUGGAGAUCAGGCAGAAGGAGAGGGGGUGUGAGAAGAUUAGUAGGUGGAAGGAGGGGAUUCUGGUGGAGAAAAUGCUUGCUGCUGCUGGUGGUGGUUCUGCUGCUGCUGGGGGUGAAAGUGAGGUGGUAGGCGGGCUGAAGAUCGCGCCUGCAUACCUGGUGCCGUGGGUGGGGGGAGUGAACCCGUUUGCAUGCCUGCGGGAGAUGCUGCUGGGGGAGACGUGCUACUGGGAGCUCUCAAAUGGGCGGAGGGUCGGGCUCGGGUGCGACCUGCCAGAAGGCCCACUGGAGAGUGCACAAGCUGCAGUGCCAGCCCAAGUGAUUGCCAGGCUGCCAUAA